AUGGCGGACUUGCAGCGGGUUGUAACGGCUGCGAUGCGCGAGGAGAGGGCCCUGCAGGCGAACCAGCAGUUCCCUCGUGCAUCUGCCGCUCCUCCUCCUGUUGCACCUCCUAUGACUGCACCGGCGGCGGCUCCUCAUCAUCCUCCUGUCCCCCCUGCUCCUUAUCCGUCCCUUCUGCCUGGUGAUUCUGCUCCUCAUGCUGCUGGUGCCGCGCAGCCGUUCCAGACGUUUGUGGGUCCUCCCCGCGCGGCAGAGGUUCCGGAGGCGACCCUUGGGCAGUUGUGGCGCCUCUCUGAGGGUUUGCGGGCUGUGCAUCUGAUCCAGAUGUACGAUCACGCGGGUCUCUCCCGUGGGGACACCCUGGAUGGCGGUUCCCGGGACGAGUGUCUUGACGCCGCGGAUCGGCUCGCGGAGCUCCUGGCGCCCGUGUUGGCUGCGCCCGCGAGGGGAGGAGUUGCGGGCUCUGGCCCAUCUGCCCCUGUUGCUGUUCUGUCCGGUCAGGCUGCUCCUCCUGCACCUCCUGCGGCUGCUGUCGAACCGUCUGCUCCUGCCGCUGGUCUCGAUCCUGCGCCACCUGCACCGUCUGCUCCCGUCGCUGCGCAGUCUGCCCCCGUCGUCCCUGCUGCGCUACCUGCCGCUGUUGUCCCCCUUGCGGCGAUCCCCGCCGUUGCGCAGUCGCCGCUGGCGGUGUCCGCCACCACUGGCGGCCCGGUUCCGUCGGUUGCGCCCUCAGCGGCGGGUCAAUCCGCGCCUGCUGUGGCCUCGAUGGCCCCGGCAGGUCAGCCGUCACGCCCCCCGUCACCUGACCGCCGCCCGUCCCGCCCCCAUUCCCCCGCGCCCCACCAGGAGCGCAAGUCGUCUCGUCGCCGUCGUGAUUCUCCACGGCGUUUCCAGCAGCCGUCUCACUGGCCUGCUCACCCCGGUGGUCAGGGGGACUGGAGGGGUCCCCGCGGGCGCGGUGGUGGUGGGGGGUACCGCCCGCCGGUGACGAUGGCAGAUCUUCAGCGGGAAGUGUCGAGGGCGGUACGUGAGGAGAGGGCGUCGCAGAGCCAGAGCAGUUCGAUGCGCGCCUCGCCGGCCCAAGAGGCUCCACGCCAGCCUGUGCUCCCCUUGAGUCCACCGCCUGUCGCUGCACCCCCUCCUCAGGUUCAUAUCCCAACGGCUCCUGCUCCCGCUCCGUCGGCGCUCGCCCCUGGAGCGCGUCUUCGCUUGCCGCCGGUUCCGCCUGUUGCGGGGGUGGAAUUUGUGGCCGCUGGUGGCGGCGCUUUUGCGGGGCAGUAUUCGCAUCCCGCUGAUGAAGAUCAGCCGCUCCUGUUCCUGGCGGAGGCGCUUCAGCCUCCGCAGACUUGUGUUCCAGAGGCGAUGCUAGGUCAGCUCCAUCGCCUCGCUGAGAGUCUUCACGCGCUGCUGCUGAUUCAGGUGGUUGCACAUUCAUCUCACCUCGUAAUCCCUCCUGAGUCCUUCCGUGGCCGCCAGCGUGACACUUGCCUGGACGCGGCAGACCAGCUCGCAGUGCUCCUGGCGCCCGUGCUGGCUGCGCCCGCGGAGGGUGGCGCUGCCGCUGCGGGACAGCUUGACGAGGCUGUCCGGGGCUUGAGGCGGCAUUUGCGCGCUGGAUCUGGAGCCGCGGCGAUCGGCGCAAGCACGCUUGUGGUCCGGGAGCUGUGGCGCUCCCUGACGGGCGUUCUUCACGCCCUUGGAGCUCACCGCAUGUAG